ACCUUACCUGUGUGAUAGAGCAACAGAGAGAGCUAAAUAGGUGUGUGCUGGGAGAGCGAGUGGUUGAGGGCGAUUGGAGCUACCUGGGGCACGGCUUGCGACACCUUUUGCCGCCGCUUACGAUCUCAGUCGCGAUCGGUUGCCGGCCGCAGCAACAACAAAAGCCCAAAAAAAGAACAAUUAGUUGAACAAUAUAUUUAAAGUAUAUAUAUCUAAAAUAUAUAUAUCCAUCGACACACAUUCCUAUAUAGAGAUACGAGUUACAAAAAGCCAUGUAAAGCUUGCCGAUUGCUGUGAAGAUAUGUUCUCGACUUGCGGUGAAUGAAAUUAACGGUAGCUUGUUGCUUGCAUCUUCAUCCGCCCUGAUACACACACGGAACUGUCCCACGAGAUCCGGCCAAGAGAGAAUCCCAGACCCGGCCAUGGCCUCCAAUAGCAGCAGCACCACCGAUCUGGACAGCCAGGUCAAUGUGGAGGAUUUGCCCAUAACGUUCAAGGUAAAAUAUAUUGGCUCGGAGGUGGCACGUGGCCUGUGGGGCAUCAAAUACACCCGUCGACCUGUAGACAUCAUGGUGGGCGUGGCCAAGAACCUGCCGCCCAACAAAGUGCUGCCCAACUGCGACCUUAAGGUGUCCGCCGACGGUGUCCAGCUGGAGAUUAUAUCGCCCAAGGCGAGCAUCAACCACUGGAGCUAUCCGAUCGACACCAUCUCCUACGGAGUUCAGGACCUGGUCUACACCCGUGUCUUUGCCAUGAUCGUGGUGAAGGACGAGUCCAGUCCGCAUCCCUUCGAGGUGCAUGCCUUCGUCUGCGAUAGCCGGGCCAUGGCCCGUAAGCUGACCUUCGCCCUGGCCGCCGCCUUCCAGGACUACUCGCGGCGGGUGAAGGAGGCGGCUGACGCGGAGGCAGAGGGUACCACGCCCAGCGACACAAUCACGCCCACGCGACAGAAAUUCGCCAUCGAUCUGCGAACGCCGGAGGAGAUUCAGGCCGGGGAACUGGAGCAGGAAACCGAGGCCUAGACCGGAUGUCCGUCCACCGUCCGGAUUGUCAAUGUGAUGUCAUAGUUACUUAUUGUCCAGUGUUCACUGUAUUUGUAAAUUGUAGUUCUCUCACCUGGUAGUUGCCUCAUACAGCUAAUUACCCAAAGCCUAAGUGUUAAUGCGAUUUGUAAACGAUAUUCUAAAAUAAAUAUUAUAAUGUUUAAUGCA